GAGUACAUCUUUACGUUCAUCCUGGUGGUUGUGAGGAGGACCAACUUAUCUGAAUGACUCUCAAUGGGAGAAAUACGUUGGUGGACAGCAAGAGAUGAUGAUUCAACCCUAUCCAGAAAAUGUCCAUCCUUUUUCACGGACAAAAAAAGUUUGUAUGAAUGUAACUUUUGACGGACCGACAGAUAUGUUAGCCAAUUAGAAAAGAGCAGCACGCACACUGACCAAUGAGAAAAGAGCAGUGCGCACACUGACCAAUUAGAAAAGAGCAGUGCGCACACUGGCCAAUUAGGAAAGAGCAGCACGCACACUGGCCAAUUAGAAAAGAGCAGCACGCACACUGACCAAUUAGCAGCAUGCACACUGACCAAUUAGAAAAGAGCAGCACGCACACUGACCAAUUAGCAGCAUGCACACUGACCAAUUAGCAGCAUGCACACUGACCAAUUAGCAGCAUGCACACUGACCAAUUAGAAAAGAGCAGUGCGCACACUGACCAAUUAGAAAAGAGCAGUGCGCACACUGACCAAUUAGAAAAGAGCAGUGCGCACACUGACCAAUUAGAAAAGAGCAGUGCGCACACUGACCAAUUAGAAAAGAGCAGCACGCACACUGACCAAUUAGAAAAGAGCAGUGCGCACACUGACCAAUUAGAAAAGAGCAGCACGCACACUGACCAAUUAGAAAAGAGCAGCACGCACACUGACCAAUUAGCAGCAUGCACACUGACCAAUUAGGAAAGAGCAGCACGCACACUGACCAAUUAGCAGCAUGCACACUGACCAAUUAGGAAAGAGCAGCACGCACACUGACCAAUUAGCAGGAUGCACACUGACCAAUUAGGAAAGAGCAGCACGCACACUGACCAAUUAGCAGCAUGCACACUGGCCAAUUAGGAAAGAGCAGCACGCACACUGACCAAUUAGCAGCAUGCACACUGACCAAUGAGAAAAGAGCAGCACACACACUUGACCAAUGAGAAAAGAGCAGCACGCACACUUGACCAAUGAGAAAAGAGCAGCACGCACACUUGACCAAUGAGAAAAGAAUGAAUCCCAUUUCUAACUUGGUAUCCGUUCUCAACUUGCCAGUGUGGCGGCAGACUUAAGGUCUUAACUUUACACAGGAAGAACGAUGGAACGUAGUAUACAGUCCGGUUCAAAAGCCCAGGCACACAACAGGAUGUAGAACUACGUGUGAAAACAACUGUUUUUGUUUGUUUCACUGCCGUACUGUGUUGGAUCUUGUUCAGCCAUCUUGUUUCAAGAGGACCACAAUGGAAAUAAGUCCCAGUCUUUAUUGUGUGUUAUCCUCCAUGAUUUUAUUCAUGUGAAGGUUUCCUCCAGAUGUGAAGCUUUGCAUUCAAGCCAAAGAGUUCAAUAUUGGUUUCAUCAGACCAGAGAAUCAUGUUUCUCAUGGUCUGAGAAUCCUUUAGGUGCCUUUUGGCAAACUCCAAGCGGGCUGUCAUGGGCCUUUUACUGAGGAGUGGUUUCCAUCUGGCCACUACCAUAAAGGCCUGAGUACUGGAGUGCUGCAGAGAUGGUUGUCCUUCUGGAAGGUUCUCUCAUCUCCACAGAGGAACACCUAGAGCUCUAUCAGAGUGACCAUCAGGUUCUUGGCCACCUCCCUGACCAAAGCCCUUCUCCCCGGACUGCUCAGUUUUGCCGGGCGGCCAUCUCUAGGAAGGGUCUUGGUGGAUCCAAACUCUUCUUGUGCCCCGACACAAUCCUGUCUCGUAGCUCUACGGUCAAUUCCUUCAACCUCACGGAUAGUUGUUUUUUUGCUCUGACAUGCACUGUCAACUGUGGGACCUUAUAUAGACAGGUGUGUUGCCUUUCCAAAUCAUGUCCAAUCAAUUACAUUUACCACAGGUUGGACUCCAGUCAAGUUGGAGAAACAUCUCAAGGAAUGAUCAAUGGAAACAGGAUGCACCUGAGCUGAAUUUCGAGUCUCAUAUCAAAAGGGUCUGAAUACUUAUGUAAAUAAGGUGCUUCUGUUUUCUAUUUUUAAUACAUUUGCCAACAUGUCUGCACGGUAGUAAUAACCCAUGGGUAGUAAACAGCCUGUCAUGCCAUCUGCAAAUCCCAUAGGCUAGCACACACAAAAGUGCCUAAAAUGCUUCGUUAUUCAUGUUUGGAUAAAUUACACUAAACUAUAUUUUGCCGGUGCUUGUUUCAACAACUUUCACAUAAAAUUAUUUCAACAAUGAAUGAAUGUCACAACUGUUUAGUCCCCAGAAAACAUUGCUUUGAGACACCAUUCACGACAGUUUAUUAUUGGAUCCCUACAAUGGUAAUGACAUGCGUGUGUUCAAGGAUUUUCUCAUUUAUUAUCGCAUAUCAUCAUGCGUAAAAUUGCAAGAAGAGCGUUCGUUUUGCAUGGACCAUUGCCCCGGGUGGGUAAAGAGUUCACUUGAGGACCAAUGGAAAAGUCUAAAAUGUACACACUCCUCACACCCGGGGCACAGGGCCAUGCAAAACGAACUUGCUCAUUGACAAGUGAGCGAGUCCCCCUGCAAGCUCAUUCUCGUCUCUGAUUGGCUGGCCUGCGGGUAUCGUCAAGUCAUUAGUCGACUUUCCCGGUUUCUCCAGCUCAAACAAAGUCAACACGUUUGGAGUGAGGAUCUCCGCUGCGCAGUCUCGCUGCAAUAUGACUGUGGAUCAUUGUGUGUUAUAUUAAGAACUCCGUCAAGCCUUGUGAAAACCGUGAAUACACGUUCCUUCUACUCGUGAUUUUGCAAGUGGAUAUGCUGAAUGUAAGGGCAGAGGAAACCUGCGGCUGAAUAUCAGUAGAAGCUCACAGGUUUCAUUGGAGAAAGUGCUCGUUUUUAUUCUCGUGGGAAAGAUAUAUUAAGGAUUCUGCAGGUACUUAUUCUGAGGACAAUAUGCCUCAGACGUCACCGCUGACAGGCAUGCUGGUCUCCAGUGGUUACAACCAGAACCAGAACCAGACCAAGGAAGAGGGACUGUAUUACCAUGACAAUACGCUGGUGUCCGGCUCGCUUGAGGCCCUCAUCUACCACCUUGUCCCCAGCAUGGACUACUACCCUGACAGGACAUACAUCUUCACCUUCCUGCUCUCCUCUCGUCUGUUCAUCCACCCCUACGAGCUCAUGUCCAAAGUCUGUCACCUGUGUAUGGAACAGCAGAGACUGAGUGACCCUCAGGCAGACAAGAUGAGGAUCAGGAAGUUGGCUCCCAAGAUCCUCCAGCUGCUUCAGGAGUGGACGGAGACGUUCUCCUACGACUUCAGAGACGAGAGGAUGAUGAGGAGCUUGAAGGAGCUGACCCAACGCCUGUCCUCAGGGGACGAGCUGUACAGGAAGGUGGUUCACCAGAUGAUUCAGGUCCUAAUCAGGAAGCUGACUACUCUGAGCCAGUACGAGGAAGCCCUGGUCAAGAUCAAUGCUACGGCUACAGACAGACUGACCGUGCUCAAGGCCAAGCCUCAGGCCAUCCAGAGGGACAUGCUGUCCAUCUGCAAUGACCCCUUCACCAUGGCCCAGCAACUCACUCACAUAGAACUGGAGAGACUGAGCAACAUCGAACCAGAGGAAUUUAUCCAGGCUUUUGAGAAGAAAGACCUUCUGGACAAUGAUAAGAGCUGUUUCAGCGACCAGAAGAAGGCUAGUAGCCUGGAGGCAUAUGUACAGUGGUUCAACAGACUCAGCUUCCUGGUGGCCACAGAGAUCUGCAUGCCCGUAAAGAAGAAGCAGCGCGCGCGAGUCAUGGAGUUCUUCAUCGACGUGGCGCGGGAAUGCUUCAACAUCGGCAACUUCAACUCCCUCAUGGCCAUUAUCUCUGGGAUGAACAUGAGUCCUGUGUCUCGACUGAAGAAGACUUGGAGCAAAGUCAAGACGGACAAGUUUGACAUCUUGGAGCACCAAAUGGACCCUUCCGGUAACUUCUACAAUUACAGAACGGCGUUGAGAGGAGCGACACAGAGGUCUAGAACAGCCAACAGCACUAGAGAGAAGAUCGUUAUCCCGUUCUUCAGCCUACUGAUUAAAGAUAUCUACUUCCUGAACGAGGGAUGUUCCAACAGGAUGCAGAAUGGACACGUUAACUUUGAGAAAUUCUGGGAGAUGGCGAAGCGGGUCAGUGAGUUCAUGGUUUGGAAGAAGGUGGAGUGUCCUUUUGAGAAGGACCGUAAAAUCCUCCAGUACUUGCUUACCGCACCAGUUUUCAGCGAGGACACUCUGUAUCUGGCCUCUUAUGAGAGUGAAGGCCCUGAGAACCACAUGGAGAAGGACAGAUGGAAGUCUCUGAGAUCCACUCUGCUAAGUAGAGUCUAGAGCUUCUGAACAGAACCAUGUCAAACCCAUCUGACAACCAAGCCUUAUUACCCUGCGGUGAUGUCCGAAUAACAGUGUCCCUGUCUGGAAGGGAAACAACAAUCUGAACUGUACUAUUCAGCAGGAUCUUCUUCUGUUCCGCAGUCAAGGAUUUAUAGCUAAGAAUCCCUCCAGUUGAUUGGCUCUUCCUUCACGCUACGUUUCCAAGGACAGCUUUUAAUUUUUUUCAUCUCUUUUGUAUGAAUUUUGUAGCCUUUUAUUAAAGACGUUACGACCAUCACGACUGAGAAGAGGAGGGGGCAGGGGGCGACCCCGGGGGUGGGGGGGGGGGGGUGGACCAAGGGAGAUGCUUUUUGUUGUUGUCCUUUUGUCGUCUGCUGAAAACCUUUUAUUCCUUUUUCUUUUGUUGUUGAAACACACCAUGUAUUCAGGGUGAAACGCACCAUGUAUUCAGGGUGAAACGCACCAUGUAUUCAGGGUGAAACGCACCAUGUAUUCAGGGUGAAAAGCACCAUGUAUUCAGGGUGAAAAGCACCAUGUAUUCAGGGUGAAACGCACCAUGUAUUCAGGGUGAAACGCACCAUGUAUUCAGGGUGAAACGCACCAUGUAUUCAGGGUGAAACGCACCAUGUAUUCAGGGUGAAACGCACCAUGUAUUCAGGGUGAAACGCACCAUGUAUUCAGGGUGAAACGCACCAUGUAUUCAGGGUGAAACGCACCAUGUAUUCAGGGUGAAACUCACCAUGUAUUCAGGGUGAAACUCACCAUGUAUUCAGGGUGAAACACACCAUGUAUUCAGGGUGAAACACAGUUGAUGCAAAUCAAAUUGUCCCCGUGACAUUUUCCAGGUGUAUUUUCCUUUCUACAGAAGCGAGGAGUUGUCUGCUGGUUGGCCAACUGACUCAGUUCGAACAGGUGGAACUUUCUCUCUUCUUCUUUAAUAAACCAGCGUUUUGUUUACUGGGAACCAGUAUACUGUGUAAUGGGGUUAAUCCUAACCUACAGCUAUGUUGGUAGAGAUAUACACGAAGCUAACAUUAUUAGUAGUUUUUGUUUGUGUGUGUAAUUUCAGGUUUUUCAUACGCUAAUUGUUUUGUUUCUAUGGUCAUUUGUUUGUCUACGGUUAUUGCGGAUGCGUUUCCUUAUUUUAAACCCAGUUUGGUCGACCAGAUCCUUGACAAUUUUAUCGCUAAAUAUGUUCAAAGUGCAUUGGAGAGAUAAUAUGAUGUCAUUUUUUUGGGUUUGUUUGUGUUUUAUAUAAAGUGUUGUGAUACUCUACAACGGGAAGAAACCCCUUUAUCUCCUCAUCCUUUAUCUCCUCGUCCUUUAUAACCUCGUCCUUUAUAACCUCAUCCUUUAUCUCCUCAUCCUUUAUAACCUCAUCCUUUAUAACCUCAUCCUUUAUCUCCUCAUCCUUUAUCUCCUCAUCCUUUAUAACCUCAUCCUUUAUAACCUCAUCCUUUAUCUCCUCAUCCUUUAUCUCCUCAUCCUUUAUAACCUCAUCCUUUAUCUCCUCAUCCUUUAUCUCCUCAUCCUUUAUAUAACCU